UUGUUCAUUGUUUAUGUGACGUGGUGAUACGUUGACUGGUUGUUGCCGGUUGUGUUCAAGUGGAGUAGAAUUGAAAUUGUUUUGUUUACUUGGUUAUUGUAAUUUUUAUAAAAACAGUUGUAACCAUGUUGCAAUCUAUAUUCGAUGAUGUGCGGCGAAUGAAUAAACGGCAGUUCCUGUAUCAAAUGUUAAGUUUUGGUAUGAUCGUUUCAUCCGCCUUGAUGAUUUGGAAAGGCUUAAUGGUUGUAACAGGUGCUGAAAGUCCAAUCGUUGUGGUUCUCAGUGGUAGUAUGGAACCAGCAUUUCAUAGGGGGGAUUUAUUAUUUUUAACCAAUUAUCAAGAUGAGCCAGUCAGAGUAGGAGAGAUCCUUGUUUUUAAAGUUGAGGGUAGAUAUAUUCCAAUUGUACACAGAGUAAUUAAGAUACACGAAAAGGGUGACCAAAAUAAUACUGUUAAAUUUUUAACAAAGGGUGAUAAUAAUUCUGUUGAUGAUAGAGGUUUAUAUGUAACUGGUCAAUUAUGGUUGACACAUAAAGAUGUUGUUGGUAGAGCAAGAGGUUUUUUACCAUAUGUAGGAAUGAUUACAAUAUAUAUGAAUGAAUAUCCCAAAUUCAAAUAUGCAAUAUUAAUAUGUUUGGGAUUAUAUGUUAUGGUACACAGAGAAUAAAGAUAUUUCAUAUAGGAAAUUAUAUGAAAUAGACUAUCUGAACAUCUACAAAAAAAAGUGCAUUGUAAAAUUAAAUCUUAAUUGAUAAUUCAAAUAUACAUAUGGAGCUAUGUACAAUGUGAUUUUAUGUCUUGUUGAUUUCAUACCAAUUGAAGAAUCUUUUGUAUGCAAGAGGUUAAUAUAAUAGUUUUGCAGAAUUAUAUGUAUAUUUACAAUAGUAAUAAAAAAAAAUUAAAAUAUAUGUGUAAAGCAGCAGUACUUUUGUACUAUAUUAAAAAAUAUUCUGCCAUUAUUGGCAAAAUUUAAUGUACAAAUGUUUUUAUUUUCAAGUAAUACUCUUCUUUCAAGUAAUAUAUAUUUUUUUUAAAUUUAUUAACAUAUUUAUUUAAUUGUAAAAAUUUUCAUUGGUAAUGCAAUAUAUUAUACAUAUAAAUUCAACAUUCAUAAUUUUACAUUCAUAAUUGCAUUUAUACAGUACUUUCUAAUUAUAAAAUAAGAGUUGUUAUAAUGCAUAUGUAACAUGUAGAAAAUAUAAUUGAUUUUUAUUUAUUUUCAAUACCAAAAGAUUAUAAAAUCAAUAAGUAUUCUGUAUAAAAAAUAAAGAAAAAAGGAUAAAAAAUUUGGGAAGAUAAACAUUAAAAUGUAAUUUAGUAAAUUUUUCAUUUUUACAAUAUGUAAAAUUAAGCAUAUCUUCCCUAGUUUCUCUAGAAUUGCAAUAUUUGUAUAUAAAAUCUUUCUUUUAUGGAUACUGAAUAUUUUAAAAAAUAUUGAAAAUUUUUUAAAUCAUUAAAGUAUAACCAAUAUUUGUUUGUAGACAAAUCUUCUAAAAACCUUUGUAUAUUAAUUAUAUUUAUUCGAUGUAAUUUUUGUCUCUAAUUGUCACAAAUUAUGAAAUAAAUUUAUAGUAUACAAAUUA